AAUUCGGAACAUUUAUCGAUAACAAGAUUAUAUUCUUUGAUAGUUAUGACUUUGGCAUUAAUAAUACCCAUGCUUUUUCCUUAGAUCUUUCUGUAAAUUGGACCACAUCAACACCAGCUUUCACCAGAAUCGAUAAUCUAUUCAAUGCCCCGACAUUUAAUCGUGCUUCUUUUAGUGCGCUUAAAAAAAACAAUCGUUCGUUAAUAUAUGCUUUUGGUGGAUUAAUUCCGUUCAAUAGGAGCGAUUGGAGUUUGGGGAUUCCCGUAGACGAAUUAUAUGAAAUUGAUGUAACGUCUUAUUCGAUUUCAAUUUCACCUGUUAUUUCCAGAGGUAUUUCACCAGGUGCACGCUACUUUGCUAGCUCGAUUUUUGAUGACAAAGGAAAACUUUAUAUCUGGGGUGGACAUACCCCUGCUGCCACAGACCAAGCCAUGUACAUAUUUGAUACACAUGACUCAAUGUGGAGCCGAAUCUCUCCUUCUUUUGUUCCUGUACCAAGAGCGCUUUGUUCAGCGACUUUUAAGGAUGAUAAAUUUUAUUUUAUUGGUGGCGUUUUUGCGAACGCCGGUAGAGAAUGUGUUGAUAUUCAUGAGAUUUUGAUAUAUGAUACUCUCAAUACAAAUAAUCCAUGGACUAUAAAAGUAAGUGAACUUCGUUGA